UGCCUGGUGCUUGGUCUUGGUUGGCUUGGUGACACAUACUUGCGUGUAUAGUGCACUUGCGUGCUACGGGUUGUUUGUGUGCUCUGCAUCCGCAUAUUUCCCAGAUAAUUUGUAAUGCCACGAAAUGACAGUUAAUUAAGGGCCUAGUUUAUCCGUCAGAUGCAAAGGACCACAGAAACCCUGUCGGUUUCAAAGUCUUGCUUCAAAGCUAGUCAUGGGUUUGGGAAACAUACUUGUGCUAACUCAGGCGACUUGCUAUGCGUGCACCCUCAUCCUGUCCCUCUGUACGAUUGUGUCAACGUCAAUCCACGUUUACAAUUUCAAUGGUCACUGUCUGCUGUACACAACUGGAACUUUUGACAGCGACGACGGACAUUUCAUCGCAAAAUGGGCUUCUGCCUUCUAUUGCAUGUUUACCCUCGUAAUUGGUGGAGUAAUGUUAAUGGUCUCGUUCGUUCAGUUGGUACGCAUGGCCAUAUUCCUAUAUAAGGAUUCGGACAGUUCCUUCCUGUCAGCAUUCAUUGACUGUGUCGUCAGCAUUGCUGUGAUGCUCCUGGUAUUGACAAUGUCCAUACUUGUCUCGGAUGGCUUUCGGACCUGGUGCCACGCCAUCACGCAGCGUUUCCCUGCCUGCGAAGAUGCCUCUGUUACUCAAAUCAGCAAGCCAGACAAUGUGGACACUGUGGGAUUCUAUAUGCACAUUGGAACAGCUCAGUUUGGUGCUUGGAGCUCGUGGGUCUGCUGGGUGCUCCAGGCCGUCCUCUGCACUAGAAAACUCUGUGUCUAUCACGAACGGGAAAACAUCAUCAUCAGCAUGGCUCGCGAACGUCGCCUGUUGAGUUCAUCCAUGGAUCAGUUGCACCAGCCAGAAGAAGACGUUGCACCCAUGCUUGGGUAGAGGGCCCACCUUUCUUGCACUCAUUCUGGGAUCCAUGUGCCAUUUAGUCGGAAAGUCAGUUCAAGCCAAGUCUUAGGAGAAGCCCACUGCACCAGUAACAGAUCGCGGGGCAACCCGAAAGCACGAGGAAGAUAUUACACCCGAGAGAUACCCAGCAGCAUCGCUAGGCGGAGCCGAGACAAGACGUAAACGUGGGCAGUUGCUCGGUGAAGUCAAGACACGUGGAAAAGAUAACGUUGCUAAAACUCUCAGUAGUCGGAAGUUAACUGACGCAGGAAUUAGUCGACGAAACUGCAACUGUGAUACCGUAGUAGCUUGAACCAGGGUGAAGUUCUAGAGCUAACGUGAAAGAGGAAUUAGUAGGUCGUGCUAAUUUCAUUCUUACCUAGUACCUUUGCUGGGAUUGUUUGCAUUCCCCAGCCGCUGCCUAAUAAAUCAGGCCUUGGAGAGCUGGUUUCUCCUAAUUUCUCUAUAUUUAUCCUGUUUUAAAGAACUUUUGAAAUGUGUACUCUAUUUCUAUGUAGUGCUGAGUGUAUGCAACUGCAUGUCUGACACACACUUAUUUGUGUUUAUUACUAAUUGUGUACAUAAUAACCGUUCGAGGAAAAUAAACUAUCACAACUGAA